AUGAGCUCUCCUCCUGCCCCUAACGCCGGUAGUAACCGACGAGACGGUUCCCGGCAAACAGGCCAGGAGGAUACAUGGCACCCUGCGAGAGCAUGGCUCGAGGAAGACGAAGAGGAAGAUGAAGAAGAUGAAGAGGAAUAUGCAACAGAAGACCCUGAUGAGGAGGACUACUUUAUGCGCGAGAUUCGGGAGACGGAAGAUAGAGCUGACAACUAUCAGCCCAUUGACGAACAUGACUCAAACAGAGGUCCUGGAUUAAAUUUAGGCGGCAUACAAAUCGAGUUCGCGAUGGAUGGAGAUAACCACGCUGGCGGAGGUCAUCCAGCGGGGCGACAGGCUCAAGUUUCUACUACACAGUUACUCGAUUUACUGGCUUCCGGUGGCCUCGGGCAUAUAUUUGGUCAUCAUGGUUUCCCCCGCGGUCCUGGGCCGGGUGAUGACAUUGUUGAUGAUGACUAUGAUGAUUACGAAGAAUAUGGGAUUUUGGGGUUGGGGAGGCGAGUUCCAAGAAGGAGGGGACCUCCUCAAUAUCCCAAGGUGCCGAGCGACGAAGGUUUGAAACUGAUGAGGUCAGGAAUAUUUGGGGCAGAUCCCAACUACAUUGAUGAGCGUGCGGGACGCAAGAAGACACUCGUGGAGAAGAUAAUGUGGCGGGAAUUGGGGGUUGACGGGCAAAGUUUGCAAAGGAGCAAAACUCCGUCAAUAGCGCAAGGCCUUAUCCCCGGCACAACCGCAGACAAGAUUAUUCAUUACGACGCAAGGUGUUACUCGGGUCAGUUUUCUGAUGAUGGGAACUUCUUUUUCUCUUGCGCCCAAGACUUCAAAGUCAGAAUGUAUGACACUUCCAACCCCUAUGAGUGGAGAUACUACAAGACGGUGGACUACCCUUUUGGCUCAUGGACAAUCACCGAUGCUACGUUGAGUCCAGACAACAAAUUCUUAGCGUAUAGUUCACUUCGCCAUCUCGUUUGUCUUGCACCGACAGACCCGGAUGAUUCUUCAGAUCCAACUGUUUUGGACCUUGCCUCAUCGCCUGGAGGAAGAGUCGGGCGGGACAUAUUUGGGAGAGAUGGGUUUGCCGUCUGGUCCGUCCGAUUUUCGGGAGAUGGCCGUGAGAUUGUUGCUGGCACUGGGGACUAUUCCGUGAUUGUGUAUGACCUUGAAACGAGGCAAACCGUCCUUCGCAUACGAAAUCACCAAGACGAUGUGAAUGCAGUUUGCUUUGGAGACAAGUCCUCGCCUCACAUCCUCUAUUCUGGGUCAGAUGACAGUACUAUUCGCAUCUGGGAUAGGAGAUCUAUGGGUGACAGACGAGAAGCUGGGGUGUUUAUAGGACACACCGAAGGUUUGACGUACGUUGAUAGCAAGGGUGAUGGCCGAUAUGUUUUAUCCAACAGCAAGGAUCAGACCAUGAAACUGUGGGACUUGCGCAAAAUGACGUCUACAGCCAAAUUCGACUCUCUUCAAUCCACGAGUUAUGGAACUGGGUUCGAUUAUAGGGUUGACCGUUUCCCAUCAGACUUCUAUUACCCGCACCCGGAUGACUGCUCUGUUGUUACGUUCCGAGGCCACAGUGUUCUUAAAACUCUAAUCCGAUGUCAUUUCUCUCCGCCCGGAAGCUCGGACUCUCGGUAUGUGUAUAGUGGUAGUCAAGAUGGAAAGGUCUACGUGUGGAAUCUUGACGCAACAUUGGCUGGAACGAUGGAUGUUGAAAAAGCGACUGACUUUUCCCGUCCUCGCCCUCGUCGAUUCCAAGGUCAUAUGGGUGGAAGCAACGGCAGGAAAUGGCAAACCUGUGUGCGUGAUGCCAGUUGGCAUCCAAACGCCCCCGUUUUGGCAGCAACGUCUUGGAAUGGCUGGGGCUCUGCAACAGGCACUUGUACGAUACACUCUUGGAAUGAUGGGGCUCGUCGGGACGAGUGUGGACCGGAACUUACACAUGGGGAUAGCUAUGAUGCUGAACUGAACCAUACUGAUGCAGCUGAAAAGGCAUUGAAUGAACACGCCUGGCAGGAUGAACAAGCGUGGGAUGCAUGGGAGGCAGAGCUAUGA